AUGGACAGUCGCAACUUGAAAACAUCGCAUCCUCCCCCUUCAACCUAUCACGACAUCGUCUCCAGUCUGGUCUCGCCCAAGUCCUUUCUGUUCCACUCUCAGCGUCCCAAGCCUUCAUCCUCUCGACCCUCGACCUCUCGCAGGAGCCCUUCGUCCACCGCUUCCCGCACGAUGGACAAGGCACAGCAGCCCAGUUCUUUCCAGCAGCUGGAGAAGCUUGGAGAAGGAACAUAUGCUACCGUGUUCAAAGGUCGAAACCGCCAGACAGGAGAGUUGGUCGCCCUGAAAGAAAUCCACCUGGACUCCGAAGAAGGCACCCCGUCCACUGCGAUUCGCGAGAUUUCGUUGAUGAAGGAACUCAAACAUGAGAGUAUUGUGUCACUCUACGAUGUCAUCCACACGGAAAACAAGUUGAUGCUUGUCUUCGAAUACAUGGAUAAGGAUCUGAAGAAAUACAUGGAUACCCGCGGCGAUCGAGGACAGCUGGACCAGGCCACGAUCAAAUCCUUUAUGCACCAACUGCUCAAAGGCAUCGCCUUCUGCCAUGAGAACCGAGUCCUGCAUCGCGAUCUCAAACCGCAGAACUUGCUGAUCAACAAGAAGGGACAAUUGAAACUGGGUGACUUUGGACUGGCGCGGGCGUUUGGCAUCCCUGUCAACACCUUCUCCAACGAAGUGGUCACCUUGUGGUACCGCGCUCCUGAUGUCCUCCUGGGCAGUCGCACGUACAACACUAGUAUUGAUAUCUGGUCUGCCGGCUGUAUCAUGGCGGAGCUCUACACCGGACGUCCUCUGUUCCCUGGAACGACGAACGAGGACCAACUCCAAAAGAUCUUUCGGCUGAUGGGCACGCCGUCGGAGCGUUCGUGGCCCGGAAUCUCUCAACUCCCCGAGUACAAGCCGAACUUCCACGUGUAUGCGACGACGGAUCUGGGUCUCAUCCUUCCCCAGAUCGACCCUCUGGGUCUCGACCUGCUGAACCGGAUGCUCCAGCUCCGUCCGGAAAUGCGGAUCAGCGCGCAUGAUGCUCUGCAACAUCCCUGGUUCCAUGAUCUCCCCCAGUUGCAGGCACAACUGCAGCAGCAGCAACAGCAUCAACAGCAGCAACAGAUGGCCGGCGCGUAUGGGGGGAUGGUACCACCCCAACAGGCCUAUUAG